AUGGUUCAUAGGAAACAGGAACUGUAUCACUGUAGUGAGUGUGGGGAGAGCUUUAGGAAGAAGGAGGAGUUCAGGGCACAUGGGAAAGCUCACAGAAAGAAGAGAGUCCAUUCCUGUUCUGAGUGUGGGAAGAUAUUCAACCGGUUAUCAUCGCUCACUACCCACCGGAGAAUACAUACGGGAGAGAGACCCUAUUGCUGUGCUGAGUGCGGAAAAAGAUUCUUCCAUAUAAUAGGUCUUACCGUCCACAAGAGAAUCCACUCAGGAGAGAGACCCUAUGCCUGUGCUGAGUGUGGAAAGCAAUUUAUGGAUUUGUCAACACUUCGUAAGCACCAGAGCAGUCACUCAGAAAAGAGACCCCAUCGCUGUAACCAAUGUGGGAAAAGCUUUGUCUAUAUACAUCAUCUCAAGAGCCACCAGAGAAUCCACACUGGAGAGAAACCCUAUUGCUGCACUGAGUGCGGGAAAAGUUUCACCCACAUGUCAGGCCUCACCAACCACCUGAGAAUCCAUUCAGGAGAGCGACCCUAUCCCUGCACUCAGUGUGGGAAGUGCUUUGCUCACUCAUCAUCUCUCACCAACCACCUGAGAAUCCAUUCAGGAGAGCGACCCUAUCCUUGCACUCAGUGUGGGAAGUGCUUUGCUUACUCAUCAUCUCUCACUGAACAUCUGAAAAUCCAUUCAGGAGAGCGACCAUAUUCCUGCAUUCAGUGUGGGAAGCACUUUGCUCGCUCAUCAACUCUUACUAAGCAUCAGAGAACCCACUCAGAAUAG